GGGAAUCUCUUCAAGAGAGAGAAAAUAUUGGUGAUGUGAUGAUUGAAAAAAAAGCCCACUAUUGCUGAAACUGAGCACGCUCAAAAGUGUGCUGCAUAAAAGCAUAAUUCUAUAUUGCAUCUCUUUCCGCUUCAUUUCUUUUCCAUCAUUUUAUCUUUUCUUCAAAAGGUUGCUUCUUGUCCGCACCCACAAUUCUCCUCUCUUCGAAGAAGAUAGCUUGUGGGCUCUCUCAUUAAUUCAACCUUAGGAGACUCAUUCCCUUUAAAGCUUCGAUCUUUAUUGUGUUCUUGCUUGCAUAGCUUCUCACAUCUCUUUCUUGAUGGGGGAUUAUUCAAGGGAAGAUGAAGGGUGUCCUCAGCUGCUGGAUUUGAUUCCGAAAUGGGCAAGAGAAGAAAGAAGCCAUGGAAUCUCAGAGGAGAGGAAGCUUGAGCUGAGGCUUGGUCCACCGGGGGGAGAAUGGGCCAUCAAAGAAAGCAACACCGCCAGUUCUGGAGAGAGGGAGAGGGAGAGACUUCUCUCUCUAGGCUACUUUCCAGCAAGCCCUCGUCCUCAAAAUGCAGUCUUGAAGCCUCCAUCUCCAUGGCAGCAGCAGCACCACCUCCAUCCUUCAUAUCUCCAUCUUCAACAUGGUCAGGGACAGGUUGCUGUCAGCAAGGAAUCCCCUCAGCCCUGUAGCAAUAGAGCAGCAGCAGAGCAGACUGCAGCAGAAAAGAAGGCAUUUUCAGCAGCAAAUACAGCUGUGCACAACACUGCUCAGAAAAGAACUGCACCUGCUUCAGUGGUGGGGUGGCCUCCACUUCGAUCAUUCAGAAAAAAUAUUGCCUCAAAGCCAGCUUCAGACUCACCAGAUGUUGCUCCGAGCAAGGUCUCGAAUUCGGUCGAAAACGGUUCAAGAACUCCUUUUGUGAAGAUCAACAUGGAUGGUAUCCCCAUUGGGAGGAAAAUUGAUCUCAAGGCAUACCACAGCUAUGAGAAGCUGUCAUAUGCAGUUGAUGAGCUCUUCAGAGGCCUUCUUGCAGCCCAGAAGAAAUCUUGCGGUGGUGGGAUAACGGAUGAGGGCGAGGGAGGGGAGAUGAUCGGAGGGUUAUUGGAUGGGAGCGGGGAAUAUACCCUCGUGUACGAGGAUCAUGAAGGCGACAGGAUGCUCGUUGGAGAUGUUCCUUGGCACAUGUUCAUCUCAACGGUGAAGAGGCUUCGUGUGCUGAAAAGUUCGGAGUUGCCUACAUUGUCUCAUGGAUGCAAACAGGGGAAGCUCUCCAUGAACAUCGAAGUGUAGCGAGGGCGUCUACCUUUGUGCUUAGUUUCGACAUUUUAAAGGACUGAUGUUCGUUUUUAUUGUGUUUUUGUGGAUUCGCUUGUAUAUGUCGAAGACUAUAUCUGAAAAAUCUUCAUUAUGUUGUUUAAACUUUUGGCCUUUCCUGGGUUUUGUAGUGAAGGUGAAACUCAAGCCUUAAAUGUAAAAACUUGCACCUAUUCUAUGCUUUUGGAUUUCUAUAGGAAUAUUUCAUUAGGUUCUGAA